CGUUUUAUAUCAACUCUGCUUGCCUGUCCCUUCAGCAUUUCGCAAACGCUGCUUCAGGUGCAGUAUUUGCCGACGGCAGCCAAGUACUCGGGGAUGAAAGACAAGCAGGAGGGUGAUGCUGCCAAGGCGUACGACAGCGAGGAAGGUGAUGCUGAGGAUAGUGUGCCGGAUCCAGAUGAUCCCACUUACUACGAGUACCUGAGGGCCAGGCACAGCGGGCGCACAGUGCAGUAUAGACCGGCGGGCAGGGCGCGCGUGGAUCAUCGCGGGUACGUUGUUGAGGGGCAGAAGGAGGGCAGUUUUAAGCCCGGAUAUAUGCUGGACGCGCUUCCCGAGACCAAGCUCACUGUCCUGCGCCGGCUGCUCUCUCACCCGACCGAGGGGUUCCUCAGCAUGUUCAAGGGAACAUUAUCGCAAUGGCUGUACAACAUGCUGCAUCUUCUCUUGCAGCCUACUUUGGAGGGCGUCUUGAACGAGAUGUUGGGGCUUUACGAUAGCGCGCCAAUGGCCACUUAUAUCGAUGCUUCGGCGCCCAGCGCAUUGACGCUGGUUGUUUCAAAUGCCUUGGUGGGCUGGCUUCUUUCGCCGCUCGAACUAGUGCGCACCAGGCUGAUGAUUCAGUCGGCGUCGCCUAUUCAUAGGAAGUACAGCGGGACAUUCCAUGCACUGAAGACGGUUAUGAAGGAGGAGGGUGGGUUAAUGUCGCUAUAUUUUAGUCCGUUUCACAUGGUCCCUUCUUUGCUGAAGCACACUUUGGAUCCUGUGUUCCGCGACAUGGGGUCUUUCGCUCUGGACCGCGUGGCUGGGAUAGAUCCUUAUGAUCAGCCGACAACGUUUGCCUUGGGCGGGCUGAUUUGGAAGACUAUGUCGGCGGCUGUCAUGCUGCCCAUAGAUACCAUCCGGACGCGGUUGCAGGCGCAGACGCGGUAUUCGUUCAAGGAGUUCCGCACUUGCGUGCCGCUUUCCGAAGUGCCAUAUACCGGCAUGAGCAACUGUGCUUGGAGGAUGAUUACGGAGGAAGGAGAGUCCCUUGGCCAGAUGAAGAAGAGACAAGCGGCGAUCAUGAUGGCCAUGAUGAACGGAGAUGAUGUGAAAGCACAGAGGAUGCAGGUGGGCCAGUAUGGGUUGAGGGCGCUGUAUCCCGGAAUUACCCUGCAGUUGGUCGCCAAUGUAGCUAUUUUCGGACUGAGCUUUAUUAGCACAGAUGAAAUGGAG